AUGGCGGGUGCUCACUGGAUUCCUUCUGCAGCACUGUCGGGUCCAGAGCAGAGGAACCUUCACUGGCUGCCCUUUAAACUCACAAGAUUGUUCGACACCCAGAAGGGCGAUCCAGCAGAAAGGGAUCUAAAUUACAGGCAAUGCGGGCGGUCCCGGGUCAGGGCGAUGAGGGCGGAGCGAACUAACAUCCAAACCUCGUGGACAAAGACCCGUGCCUCGCUACGGUUCAGCACCUACAGUGCCGCCGCCCCAUCGCCCGCCGCUACCGUCGAAACUAACGACUCGGCGACCGCCCGUGCCCGUGGCAGCCAGGCCACAGAAUCCCGUUAG